AUGAUUAAAUCAAUCAUAUAUACAUUGUUCCUUCCAAUAAUUGCAUUUAUAAUAAAUAAUACUCCAAGUUUUAUAUGGGCCAUUACGGACUUCAUUAUUGAUAUAUGUUUCUUUUGGGUCAAAAAAUUGUAUCAUAUAUAUAAUAGAAAAAAUCCAUUAAAAGAAUUGAUUAAGAAACUUAAAAAUGUAUCAAGUUAUAAUGAGUGGAAAACAACAGCUUCCAAAAUUGACAUUUUAACAAACAUGGAUUUAUGGAGACAGAAUUUCAUUUCAAAACAUUAUGAUUAUUUGUUAAUUAAUGAACGUAUAAAAUUAUUAUCAAGCGCAAGGUCAAAUAAAGAUCCACAAUUAAUUAUGUCAUUAUUAAGAUCAGGUUUAAUUAGAAAUUUUGGCGGUAUUGCUCAGAAAAGAUUAUACUUGAAAAGUUAUAUGGGUACAAAAUUUAAAAUUGAAGAAUAUAUAAAUGAAAUUCUCAACUGUCUUGAUUAUUUAAACGAAAGUUUAAAUGAUGAUGAUACUAAUGAAUUUAUAAUGAAUUCAAAGCAAUUGAAAUUAGACUUUUUUCAUGAUGCAAGACAAAGUUUUGGAUCCACUGCUUUAUUAUUACAGGGUGGUUCGUUAUUUGGAUUAUGUCAUUUAGGUGUUGUGAAAGCUUUAUAUUUUAAAGGAUUAUUACCCAGAAUCAUUGGAGGUAGUGCUGUUGGUGCUGCAGUUGCUUCAUUAGUUUGUACUUUAAAUGAUGAAGAUUUAACUCCAAUAUUAGUCAAUAUUGGUGAUUUAAUGAAAAACAUUGAUAUUUUAAAUCAUGAAAUUGAUGAAAGAUAUGGUAAUGUAAUUGAGAAUGUUGUUAAAAAGGGGUAUAGUCAAGAUAUUUUAUUAUUUUUAAAAUUUGUAAGAGAUACAAUUGGUGAUUUAACUUUUGAAGAAGCAUAUAUGAAAACUGAAAAAAUUUUAAACAUUGUUGUACAUCCUACUAAUCAAUGUGUUCCAUCAUUAUUAAAUUAUAUAACUGCACCUAAUGCUAUUAUAUGGACGGCAAUUUAUGCAUCUAUUGGUACUGGUGUUUUAUCUGAUGAUGUAGCCUUAUAUGUUAAAGAUUUUAAUAAUGAAAUUGUGUUGCAAAACAAGGAUUUGGACGUUAAAUUUUUGAAACCUCAAGAUGUAACCUACCAUCAACAAUAUUUCAGAUUUAACCUGAAAGAAAAUAAUGAAGGUGAUGCACAAGAAAAAGCAACAAUGGUUUUACAACAACAGUCACCAUAUACUAGAUUAACUGAAUUAUUCAAUGUUAAUCAUUUUGUAAUAAGUUUAGCAAGACCAUAUUUGGCUCCUUUAAUUAGUGAUGAUUUAAAACAUUAUCAUUCUUCAUAUGGGAAACCAUUAAUAUAUGAAAAGAAGAAGAAAUUUUUUAAUAAUGAGAAGAAUAACACUGAUAUUGAUGAUGAUAAUAAUACAAUUUUAAGUAAAAAAGAUAUUGAAAAAUAUACUAAAGAUACUUCAUAUAAUUUAAUGAAAAGAUUGAAAACUAUAAUUGGAAUGGAAAUACAACAUAGAUUAAUAGUAUUAAAUAAAUUAGGAUUAUUAACUGAAUUUAUGAAAAGAUUUUUUAUAGAUGAAAAACCAACAGCAUUACAAAGUUUAGCAUCAAUUAGAGAAAUUACAAUUGUUCCUGAACUAAGAUAUUUGAUGAAAGAUUUUUCAAGAGUUUUCGAUGUUCAUAGAACUAUGGAAAAUAUUCCAUAUUGGGUUUUAGUUGGUGAAAAAUCAGUUUGGCCAUUAUUUCCAUUACUAUGGACAAGAUGUGCUAUUGAGUUUGCAUUAGAUGAUUUAUAUAAUUUACAUAGAAAACGUGGUUAA